CAAUCCUCUCCCUCUCACCAACAAGUGAGGACCCCUUUCUCCGCACAUCUGUUCAGCGCUGAAGCUCUGCGCUGAGUUAUAGAUGUCUGCUGGAAUUUCUUUGCCCCCUCAUCCAUUUUACUGUUUAAUCGAUGAGGAUGACAGAUUGCAGGUGCAGCGCGUGCAAGGACCAGCAGGGACGGUGUGUGGUGCACUAGGACCGAGGAGGAGAGAUCCCUCUCAUCGUGAGCAUUGAAACUACACAGCGGAGCUCUGAAGGAAACCCCCCCAUCACCACCACCACCCUCCUCCUCCUCCUCCCUCCUCAUCCUCUUCCUCACUGGAUCAGGCGAAUCUAUCCGUACAUCCCUUCUUGUCCCUGAUCUUCACGGGGAAAGCUCUGAGGAGUGCGUUUGGGAUGGACACGCAAUCCAGGAAUUGAUUAGGGAUCGAUUUGCGUAAAGUCACCGCUGCUUUCUUUAUUUUCCUGUAUUUUAUUUUAUUUUUGGCUCCAUCCAAACUCAUGUCUUAUAGGCUGGUGUGACAUUUUUGCCCUCUUAUUUUACUUCAAGCGCGUAAAGUCACAGCUGCGGAGAGCGCCUGGCGCACUUUCCCCCCCUCCAAAAAGAAGAACCCUGGACAGAAACAAAAUCUCCAUUCUUGUUUGGAUUUGUAUCGGCUGAAUGGGUGACCUCGCUGAGGCACAGACUCACAACCACUGCAUGGAAGCCUCUCCCUCUCCCCCUCGUCUCCCUCUCUGUUGACCAGGAGUUGUGAUGUCCACAGCCUUCCCCGCUGACUGACUCUCGGCGUCGUACCAUUUUGGAAUCGAACUGAAGGCUGUGAGGACGGGGGAGGAAGAUGACACCUCCCAGCCCUCUCCUGAUCCUGCUGUACUUCACCCUGUCCAAGAGCGUAAAGAUGGUCUCAAAGAGAGGCUCGGUGGAUGGUUGCACGGACUGGUCAGUGGACUACCUGAAGUACCGGGUGCUUCAGGGAGAGCCGGUGCGGCUGAAGUGUGCUCUGUUCUACGGGUACAUCCGGGCCAACUACAGCCAGGCGCAAGGUGUGGGCCUCAGCCUCAUGUGGUAUCGCAGCUCUGGUCUCGGGCACAGUGACUUUGAAGAGCCCAUCUCUUUUGAUGGAGUGCGUAUGAGCAAAGAGGAAGACGCCAUCUGGUUUAGACCUGCUGACCUACAAGACGUGGGACUCUACUCCUGUGUCCUACGAAACUCUACGUACUGUAUGAAGGUGUCCAUGUCUCUGACUGUGGCUGAAAAUGACACAGACCUUUGCUACAACUCAGACAUGAGAAGACACGAGAAGGCUGAGCUCAGUAAAAGUAAAGAGAUCCUCUGCCUUGACAUCGAUGACUACGUAGACUCUGGCAAAGAUCCAGACAUUGUUUGGUACAAGGAGUGUCGUCCGAAGCUGUGGCGGGCCAGCAUAAUCCAGAAGAGAGACAUCUUGUCCAUUCAAGAAGUGAAGGAAGACGAUAUUGGGAAUUACACUUGCGAAAUCCAGUUUGGUGGCUUUGUUGUCAGAAGGACGACUGAACUCACAGUAACCGCUCCUUUGACUGACAAGCCACCGAAGAUCCUCUUUCCCACGGAAAACAAGAUAAGCAACAUGGAGCUGCAGCUAGGAAGUGCUUUGAACCUGACGUGUCGAGCGUUUUUUGGCUACAGCGGCGACGUCAGCCCGCUCAUCUACUGGAUGAAGGGGGAGAAGUUUAUCGAGGACCUGGAUGAAGAGAGAGUCCAGGAGAGCGAUAUUAAGCUUGUCAGGGAGCAUCUUGGAGAGCAAGAAGUGAUGAUUUCCUUGACGAUUGACUCCUUGGAGGAAGAGGACCUGGGGAAUUAUUCCUGUUAUGUGGAAAAUGGGAACGGCCGUCGCCAAGCCACCGUCCAGAUUUUCAGGCGGGCAGAGCUCAUGUACACAGUGGAGCUGGCAGGCGGGCUGGGAGCGAUCCUGCUGCUGCUCAUCUUCCUCAUCUCCCUCUACAAAUGCUACAAGAUUGAGCUGAUGCUUUUCUACAGGAGGCACUUUGGCAGCGAGGAUGUGGAUGGAGAGAACAAAGACUAUGAUGCAUAUCUGUCUUACACCAAAGUGGACCCUGAUCAGUGGAGUCAAGAGACCAGGGAGGAGGAGCGUUUCGCCCUGGAGAUCCUUCCUGAUGUGUUGGAAAAACAUUACGGCUACAAACUCUUCAUUCCAGAUCGAGACCUCAUUCCAACAGGAAGUCUCACCAAUGAGCAUUACCAGGAUGACACACGACUCUUUGGAGCCUACAUCGAAGAUGUUGCCCGAUGUGUAGACCAGAGCAAACGCCUCAUUAUCGUCAUGACGCCCAACUAUGUAGUUCGACGAGGCUGGAGCAUCUUUGAGCUGGAGACACGACUGCGCAACAUGCUGGUGACGGGUGAGAUCAAGGUCAUCCUGAUUGAAUGCGCCGAGCUGCGUGGCAUCAUGAACUACCAGGAGGUGGAGGCCCUCAAACACACCAUCAAAACCCUCACUGUCAUCAAGUGGCGGGGCCCCAACAGCAACAAGCUCAACUCCAAGUUCUGGAAGCAGCUGCAGUACGAGAUGCCCAUCAGGUGCACAGAGCCCAUGCUCACACACGAGCCUGCACUGGACGUCAGCGAGCAGGGGCCGUUCGGAGAGCUGCAGGCCGUCUCUGCAAUCUCCAUGGCGGCAGCCACCUCCACAGCCAUGGCCACGGCCCAUCCAGAGCUGCGUUCGUCCUUCCACAAUACCUACCACACCACCAUGAGGCAGAAACACUACUACCGCAGCUACGAGUAUGACAUUCCCCCAGGGGGCACCCUGCCACCUCUGUCAUCUCUGGGGAACCAGCACACCUACUGCAACAUCCCACUGACGCUGCUGAAUGGGCAGAGGCCUCCCGGAAAGAGCCGAGAACACAGCCUGGAGGAGCCUCACGCUAACAAUGCCAUGCUCCCUCUGCUGCCAAGAGAAACCAGCAUCUCCAGCGUCAUCUGGUAGUAAAAAGCUAACUCGGUGGCAGCAUUCAGUAGACGAGUCAGUUUCUGUUCUGACUCGUAAGACAAAAGUUCAAGGCGAUAGGGGAUCUGGACCUUUUUGGCUCCAGUAAACGGACAACCGGGACUGGAGUAGCAAGACAUUUGUGGAACACUUUCUCUUUCUAGUAAACUCUUUUCCAGAGGCCGUUUUCUAUGUUGUACUAAAGGGAACUUAAUGAAAACAUGGUUUUAAUGGCCGACAAGAAAAAGACUCCUGGGAACUUCAAACACACUAUGGAAAUUGCACACACAUGCAGACACACACAAAGGAAAAUGUGCAUACACACAAAUAAAAGGAAAACAGGGUUUGUACAUAUAUCUACAUUUUAUUAGUAGCAUCAGUGUUUUCCUGUUUUGUUUCUUUCGUCUGUUUGAUUCAAUCAUGUCCGUUGCCUUCUCUACUGUAGGACUUUGCUUUAACUUGUUAUAAAGAGUUGUAUAUUUUUAAUUGUUUUAUCUUUUUCAGUUUGUUUGGAUCCUUAUUUUUUAAAUGCUUGAUCGGAGAGCUGGAAUGUCACGUACUUGCCCUGUUGUGUUCUCUUUUGUUUUCUUUCAAACUCAUUGUGUAGUAUUAAGAGAACUUCAUUUUCUUUUAUUUUUCAAGAAGAAAAAUACCUUUUUCAAGCAGCCUGAACAUUUCAGGAGAUGUGAAGAGCUGAAACUUUUGUUUACCUGUGAAAGGUGUAUCUAUUUAAAAUAAAAAAAGACACUCUCUUUAAAAAAAAUCAUGGAAUAUGCAAAAAGAAGGAGGAGCUGGCAAAAAAAUCUACCAUACGUGUGGGACCGAGGAGGAGGCUGGGGAGCAGUGCAAAGUCCCCUCCAAUCAGACAGACUGGCAGAUCUCUCUAAAGCUUCAUCUUUUUCUAAUAAAACAAACAGUUUUAGAGUGAUAGUGAAAUGCCUCACCUUAGAAAAGAAAUCUGUAGAUUAUUUUAAAAAGAAUUCUAUUUUUGUAACAGAAAAGAGUUUACUUGAGAGAUCCUACUUAUUUGCAUUUCAUCUUCCACAGAACGAGGACUUGUGUUUAAGUGUUACUCUGGUUUUGUACACUUGCAACGUGUGGCUAAUGGUUUGUGAAGAGGUGAAGCUGGUUUCUUUUUGACUUCCUCCCCACAUGAAAAAUACAUCCUCUACUGUUCCCAAUUCAAGGAGAACUUUGGUUUUUAAAGUGUCAUUUUAUUCCCAUUUCUUUGGUUCAUAAGGAUAAGGAAAGAAAAGAAAACAUUUGUGUUUUUGAAAGACUUUUUAAAUAUAUUUGAAGGUGUGAUUUUUAAGUAUGCAUAGCAUAUAGAUAUGUAUUCUAUAUAUAAUAUAGAUAUUUAUAUAAAUAUAUAAACACGAUUUUCACUCCGAAAGAAAUGUCUAUCUUUAUAGAAACACAAUCAUUAUCAGUUGCCCUUACCUUCUCACUGCACAUUAAAAGCAUUGAUUU